CGUGAUCGUCUCUAUUUUGAUGGCGCGAAAAACUAUUACACAAGGAAUAAAUUAAUGAAAAAUUAUACUGUGUAUAAAAAGAAAACAAAAAAGAUGGGUGAAAUCAAAAAGGAUGUCGUUUCGGAAAGAGAGGGAGACAGACAUAGACGAGAUAGAUACACAACUAAUUGCAAAAGUCGUACUAUAAACUAAAAUAUCCGUUUACAUCACUAUUAAUUAAACGAAAAUUCUCAAAUAGAAAUUAUAAAAAAGCUACUCACAGAAUUUUUAAGUUUACAAUUUUGUAUGCUAUCGAUCGGCGCAAGAAUUUACAAAAAUAGGGGAAAUAGAAAGAGACACAACCUAGUUUCAUACUUAUGUCGUCGACUGGUAUGCGUGUGCUGCCCUCUACAUUGUCAAUGUUGUUGGUCUUACCAAAUGGAGUUUAAUGGAGUCGAUUUAAUUAAAAUCUCUUAAAAAUCAAUCAUAAGCAUGAGAAAACUGAAGCCAAUGACAUAAAACAUGCAUAAUUAGUGAUAUGCACCAGACGAGAAGCUUAUUAUAUAUUAAGGAAAAUGUAAAAAAGCAUUACAAUCAAAGGGUUUCAGUUUUUGUAGAAGCAAUCUAUGUUAAAUGCAGUUGUUUUUCAAAUUGUUGUAGUUAGUGUAGUUGCUGGCUUGUAUAUCAUUACUAACGAAGAAUUAGUAGAAAUAUAAAGUAAACCAUAGAAUUUAUAAUAGUGUAAGUGAUAUUGAGAAUCUAACAGUGAUUUUCAUGUUGCAGUAAAUGAAUGUUUGGACAAUUUUACCAGUUCUUUUUGGUGAAGCUAUGUAGAUGUAUAGGAAAUAUUCUAUCAGCACAAGUAAAGUGCAAUGUCUCAGAGAGUAAAAAGGCCUAAUCGAUCAGAAGAUGGUUCAGUUCCUGUUAAAAGGCGUAAGCGGACGGCGGCCGAGGAAGAGGAGGCGGCCUCCUUGGCUGCGCUACAGUCAGCCCAGAGUUCUUGGCAGCCCCGUUCAAACGACCUGAAGACAAUUUAUAAUCGUACAACUACCGAAGCACCGGCUGAACUUUUCCGCAAAGAUCUGAUAAGUGCCAUGAAAUUGCCGGACUCGGAACCACUGGCUUUAGAUGAAUACUGGGUCAUCGUGGAUCAAUGGAAGCAAGAGUGGGAGAGGGGCGUUCAAGUUCCGGUUAAUCCAGACUCUUUGCCUGAACCUUUGGUUACUACCCUGACUAACAGACGUGCUAAGUACGACUUUCGAUUGCCGAAAAACAAGUACAUUCGAAUAACAAAAGAUGACCAUUUUGACGUGGAAGCAUGCUCCCUAUCUCACGCACCGGCCCAAGCUGAGGCGGCCUGUUCGUACGAUCUCGACGAAUGCGACGUGGCAUGGCUAAAAAUCGUCAAUACGGAGGAACCCAUUACUAAGAUAUCGAGUAUUCCAUCUAGCCGCUGGGCUCUAAUCUGUGUUCUUUGUCGUGAGCGCGUUGGUGCUUGCAUACAGUGUUCCGUUAAAACGUGUAAAACGGCGUAUCACGUUACAUGUGCUUUCAAACACGGACUAGAAAUGCGCGCCAUAAUUGAGGACGAAAAUGCCGACGAUGGCGUUAAACUAAGAUCAUAUUGCGAGAAACAUAGCAAAUCGAGCAAGAAAAGUGAAAAAAGUGUAUGUUCGGGGUCGGAAGAUGACGACUGUAAACGAAAAAAGCGCAAAGACAUGACAAACGAAGAAAAAAAUCAGGCCCGGGCAGCACGACUACAAGAAAUUGAAUCGGAAUUUUUUAAACACGUCACAAUCAAAGAUGUCAAUGUGCAUGUUGAUGUAGAUGCUGAAGGUUUACAGUACAUUUACAACUACUGGAGGUUAAAACGUAAAGCGGGCAAUAAUAAACCUCUUCUUCCGCCCAAGUCGGAAGACGUCGACAUAUUAUCACAUAAACGAGAACAAGCUGAUCUUGAGAAAAUGAAGAUGUUUGUACAGCUGCGACAAGAUCUAGAGCGCGUACGAAACCUGUGUUACAUGGUGAGCCGCAGAGAAAAGCUUAGCCGCAGCUUUUUCCGCAUGAGAGAACAGACUUUCCACAAACAAGCCCUGGUACUGGAUUCAUCUAAUACUCUACCUACUACUGUUAUUCAAGCAGUUAUUGAGGCCAACCAUGGACCUUCUAUCUAUGACCGUCUGUACUCGCACAAUGAGGCCGAGGACCACACAUCCGAUUUUGACGUUAUUUUAGCUCGAAUUGCCGGCAUUAAGUCUCCAUCGCAUUCUGGAGAUGAGCAUCGAAGCGAUAUUAAUGGUCUUUUCCGCGACGUUAAGAACAAUCCUUAUAAGAAAGUGUACUUUAAUGGGUCUUCCAAACGAAGAAGCGCUAGCUUCUACGAUAGCAGCCUUUCAAGUGCUAGUAGUAGCGACGAAAGGCCCAAGGAUAAUAAGGAAAAUCAACAUCAAAGCAGUUCAGAAGAUGGAGUUCCAAAGAAGAAGUCAAAAUCUCCUCGGAAACCCGGUGCUCGUCCAAAGAAACGACUCUUGUCAAAAAGUAAAGCCGAUACAAGUAGUGAAGACGAUAAACCACCCAGAAAAGAAGCUCCUCCGUCACGCUCCCGACUGGGCCAGGUGGCUAGCGAACUUGGAGAUACAGGUAGUGAGAGUGAUGAUUUAUUGCCAUUUAAAUCAACUCGUACUUCCGACAAUCAGAAGAAAACUAUGUCUUCGAUUUAUUCAGACAGCGACAGUUCGGACGUCUCUAUGAAGAACGACGAUAAGUCUUCAAACGCGACCAACGAUUCCCAGAGCAAACUUCGAACAAAAGCGGCUGUCAAAGAGUUUUCGCACAAACCUAGCGGUUCCAAAAACGUUACAAAGACCAGUCCAGAAUCUAAGAAGAAAAUUAAAAGUGGAGAUUCAGCAAGUAAGAAAAAAGAUUAUGUGCCAUCAGAAUUAAUUGUUCCACAAAGGCAAGCGGCAAAGAAGGCGUCGGAAAAUUUGAAAUUAACAAACCGAUCAAAGGAACAACACCCUGUCGUCCCAGAUGAAACACCUCAGAUUAAAGUUGAAGAGAAAGAUAAAAAAGAACCUAAAGUUAAAUUAAAACCGAGGACUGUUAAAGAACCUACAAAAGAGAAAGAUCUGGAAGUUAAAGAAAAGAAGGAAAAGAAGGAAGUGAUUACUGAACAUUCUCCAAAAGAUACUGAAAACGUAGAUCUAUUAUCUUUUGUGCCUCAGAGACAGGCGGCUAAGAAAGCAGCAGAGCACAUUAAAAGCGGUUUAGGUAAACCAGCAACUGCCCCUGAUAAUUCUCAGAAUGUUGAUUCAAAAUUGAAAGAAGCUGGGGAUGCAGUUACAAAACUAAAAAAAGAUAUAAAGGAACCUGAUACUAAAUUGAAGUCAGAAACUAACAAGAAGGAAGCUGAUACCCCUAAAGUUCCCGCUAAAAUACAAGAGUCGAAGCGAAAAUCUUCUGUACAUUCAGCCCCCUCGUCAAGCAGUUCAUCAUCUUCUUCUACUAGUUCUUCAGAUUCGGGUAGUACAUCUAGUUCCGAUAGCGACGACGACGCAGAAAAAGGUACAUCUGCAUCCGGUGGUGGCGCUCAACAGCGAACCGAGGGCUUAUUUUCCGAGACGUCGCCUCGAGAAACGGCUAAGCGGAGUGGCAAUGCUAAGGACUGGCCCUUUCUUGACAAGGGAGCCCAGUCCGCGGCGUCAUCUUCAUCCUCUUCCGACUCGAGCGACUCCAGUUCAUCUUCGAGCGUGCGCAGGGCCUCUCCUGUGCCGCCACGCAAAUCCCCUUCGCCAACGAAAAGGUCCUCCCCCUCACCUCAGAAACGGUCUCCAUCGCCUCGAAGGGUGUCGCCGAUCUCGCAGUCCAAAACCGGCGAUUUGCCCGCGGCAGAGAGUUCAACGAGAAGAGGCCGCAAGCCCAGCGGUGACAAGAAACUGUCAACGUCGCCUUCUAAAAGAGAGGAACAGAAUCGAAGGGGGCGGGGAAGAGGUCCGCGCGGACGACCAUCACGCACAAACGCCAGUGAUCGGGUCGGAGAUGCUGAUGUCCGGUCAAGAGAUCCACCUAAUGACCAACGUGUCGGUGUGGAAAGAGAGUCCAGAGGUAGCAGGAAGGGAAAAUCGGACACUGAUCUUGCACAUUCCGCUAUCAGAAAUAAUGAGGAAGCGUCCGAUCGCGCCUCCGAGCUACAGCCUGCGCUCAACAAAACGGACAAAAAGCUGAUUGAAAGUUCUUCCAGUUAUUCGACGAAAGGAGUCGAUUUGGAACGGGAAAUACGUGAAAGGAAAGCAGGCAAAACGGGAGGAUUAAAGUCUAAGUCAACUUUAGAUAAAUUAUUCGGUUCGAUGGAUAAAAAAUCAGAAAAAUCACAAAAUAUGCAAAGUAAGUCUAAAUUGGAGUCCAACGAAAUCCAAGAAAAAUCAGCGGAGCGUCCUCUGAAAGUUUUAGAAAAACAUCAAACCAGUCGCCAAGAAAAUAAGAUUAAGUCGUUGAGCGAAAAUAAAGAAGUUCCUGAUAAGUUAGCUAAGAAGACCGAAGGUUUAAAAUGCGAUUCAUUGAUUAAGUCUCCAAAUAAAGAACUAAAAGAACAAAUUGAUCGUAAACUCGAAAUGGCAGAGAGAAAAUCCGUUAAAAAAUCUCCAGUAAAAGCUCGGAGUAUUGAUGAUAUAUUUGCUGAUAAAUUAACUAAUAGCGAAACUAAGGAAAAUAAGUCUGAACCCAUUAAACCUUCUUUUAAAAUGUCGAAGUUUGAAGAUAAUUCUCUUACAAUUGAAAAGAACGCACAAGAUCAUAUUCAAACUAUCAAUCAAUCAGAGAGCGAUUUGUAUUCUAAUUCAAUGUCCUUACAAUUAAAUGACACUUUUAAUACAAAUGCAGACAUUUUAAAGUCGGGUCUAAAAGAUUAUGAAAAGGAAACAGAGGAUGCUACCAAAUCAUUAGAAGUCUUGGAAAACACAUCAAUAUUUUCUCCCCAACCUCAUCAAAAAGAGACGGACCUUUUAGAUUUGGAAUUAGAUAAUUUUGUUCUUUCUAAAGAUGAAGUUAUAAAAGAUUCUUUACAGUAUCCUUUUAAUAACACGUCAAUUAGAGAAGACACAAGAGAAGAUAGCGCUAGGGAAACAUUAAAUCUAGUUGAAAAACUUCGUAUGGGACUUACUAAAAAAUCUAGCAGCGGAGAUAUUGAUGAUAUACCUUUGAGUAACUCUGUGGAUCAUGAAAAGAGUGAAAGUAUACCCGAAAUAGCAGUUCAGGAACCUGAAAGUGAACUCAAUAAACAAGAAUCUCCUUUACCUAACAAUGAUACUAUAAAUGAAAUAACACCUCAAUUAGUAAAACAGUUAUCUGAAUCUAAUACUAAUGAACAGUCACAGCAGUAUCAGUCUACACCCACUGAACCAGUUUCUACAGAACCACUUAAAAAUGUUUCUCUACAGCAACCUCAUGACUUAGUUCAUGAGACUCAUAUAGAGGGCGAUGAACGUUGGGUUCCCCCGAGCAAUAACUUUACAAAUGCUCAACGAGAAAAUUGCAAUUAUUUAAAUGAGUCUCAAAUAAACGAAUCACAAUUUCUAAAUCAGUAUCCUCCAAAACAACAUAAUCAACCUUCAGAACAGACACUUUUGAAUUCCAUACCACCGCAUAUGGAAGCCCUGCAAAAAGAAACGUCUUUAACACCAUCUCAUGAUCCGCGAAUCUCCCAAACUCCAAUGUCGUUGGAGUGUAUGGCCAGUCCAUCGUCAUAUUCCGAUAUACACCCGCAGGCCAAAUGGGCCGAUAGUGAAGUUAUGCCUAAUCGACGCUCCUCGUCUAGCUCCAGUUCCAGUUCAAGCUCUGGCUCUCGAAGGGAAGAAGAGGAAGGAAAAAUGCCCCCGGAUAUUAGGAUGACAAAUAACUCUACACUUGAUAUGGCAUAUAUGUCACAAAUGCCUCCCUAUCCUUUAGAUAAUUAUACUCCUUAUACAGAUCCCACAUCUCAGUAUGUACCGGUUAGUUUAUUUCCUCCUCCUAACCAUAGCACUCAACUUCCAUAUGCCCCUACAGGUUCUACUGGUAUGUUUCCACCUGCUUUUGGUGCAUCCUUUCCCCAUUCCAUACCACAUCAAACCAAACCGCUGGAAGAAAACGUUUCGUUUUCGUCGCCAUGUACUGCUGCAUUUACUUCCUCACAGCACAAUAUGGCUUUAACUGCAGCAAUGGUAAACAUUCCUACUACAACCCAACCGAGCGACCAAUCUAUAGAAGCACCUACAUUAACUUCUACUGAAAGUACAGUGUUACCUCCAUGUAACCAAUCAGAGGAAGUAUUGCCAUCUCCAGUUUUGAGCAAUAAUACGACACCAACUAACAAUACUUUACCAUCUCCUAGCACUUCCAGUAAAAGUUCUGUGGGUAAAAAAUCACCAAGUAAACCAACCAGGACAUCAGCCAGAGUGACAUCGCAAUUAAUGAAUAAAUCGCCAGCCAAAUCUCCAGGUAAAAGUCCUAGGCAAGAAGUCACACAAAGACAGAGUGGAUCAGGUAAAGGUCGCGGAGAAAGUAAACGGGGUUCAGGGAAGUCAGGAAUGUCAAAAACUCAAGUUUCAGGAAGGGGUCGCGGUAGAGGGCGGGGUCGAGGUCGCGGAGGGCAUCAUAACGACUUUGACUUUAUCAACACUAAUACAAUACAUAAUAAAUUAGUUGGAACGGUCUAUGAUUUAGAUUUUGACGACGAUAUUUCCAAUGAUAACAUGGCUGAUCUCAAAUCGAUGAGGGAACGAAGAAAAUCGAUAGACGUGCAUGAGAAGAAAUAUGAUUCCUUCUCACCCCAUUCACCGAAAUUUUCCAGUCCAAAGAACCGUUUUACAGCCGAUCUUCGCGAUUUGAGACCGCCCAGUCCAAUAGAAGAUGGCAAAUCGAAGACGGAAUCGCUGAGGGACAUAGAUACGCCAAUACCGUUUCCAGAUGUUACACCUGUUCUGCCUGGACCUGUUGAUAUGAGAACAUAUAAUAGCACUAUUUUUGAUCAGUCAGCAUAUAGCGAACAAAAUCUUCUAGGCACAUUUGCAUCGGGAACGGCGGGAGCUCAAGUUCCUGAAGAUAUCGAUGAAGAUUUCGAGAAAGAGCUUCAUUCCGCUCUGACAGCGAAAAAGCCAGCUGAACUUCCUCCGGCCGAGAUUGUUAGCAAUAACAGUAGCAAUAUUAAAGUGUCUCUGUCCGAUUCCCGUAACCAGUUGAAGGUAAAAAUUAAGGGUCCAAUUGCCAACUAUACUCCCAACGCUGCUCCGCCUCCAAUCGAUCCAGUUUCGAGUGCUGUAGCAAAUCAAGUCAGUAGUAUAACAGCGGGCGUUUCAAUCGGAAUAUCUUCGGGAGGUACAUCCAGUUUGAGAAGGAUGAGGAAAAAAGAAUUGUUAAGGCAAUAUUGGACUCAAGACAUGAAUAUGGAUGAUCCAUCGAGCAAUUCUAGUUUUAUUGCUGCAGCAACUGUACCACCUGUUAACCGUACAAUCAUCACUAUACCCAAAGCAGUAGCAUCGAUGACAAGCAUACCUACUAAAGAGGAUUAUAGGGAUUACCGCACUGGAGCUGACGACAGUUUAGUAGAGGCAAAACAUCAUAAAAAAUCUCGAGGCUUAUCUAGAGAACUUAAACAGUUAGACCUUUCAGUCGACGACGAUCUUAAUGACAGAAGACGCACCUUUAGUAGUAAUAAUCCAAUAAAUAACUUCGAGUCAGGAAAUAAACGUAGGGGACGGCCACCGAGAUCGGUUCCUACUGCACCUAAACUGAAAAUUAAAAUCGGUACUGCGGGCAACAUGGUCACUGAAGAAAAAGUGGAGGAAAAGAACUUACGACCGCCGAAGAAACGCUUGGCUACUAUGCCGAAACCAUCGGUAGACGAUUUACGGCGAGAGAGCAUGAAGUUCCGUAAGUUGGUCAUGGCCGAUCUGAAAGUGAAAAAGAAAAAGAAAGAUAAAAGCGACAAACACCGUAAGAAGGAACGCAAAAAAUCGGGCGCCGAAGUUCAAAUUAUUAAGGAAGACGCUACCUCGAAAGUAUUACCGAAAUUAAUAAUUCGAUUUGGCAAAGCGAAAAGUCAGGCCAGCGAAAUUCAUGCUGGCGAAGAGAAAGAUUCGCAAAGCCCAACGAAGGUACCGGUAAAACCAGCCGAACUUCCCCAAGAUAAGCAACUGCCCAAACUCACCCCUAUUAAGUUGAAGCUGUCUCGGUGCGGCGAGGGCUCGGGCUACAUCAUGAAACCAUCCUCGUCGUGCGAGCCCGGAUCCGCCCGCACCGAGGAAGACCAAGCGUCGCAGCCAGGCCAGCCGCCACCUGACCCCGUCCAGCAGUCCGCCGAGCCGGACCCUCUGGAGGGCUUGCCCGAGGCCCUCCAGUCCGCCCCUCCUCCUCUUCCACUCAACAAAGACUGUGAGGUUAGGUGAUAACUGUGCAACGUGCCGCUGUAAUAUAGUUAGGUCGCUAAUUAAAUUGAAUUAUGGAAAAUUCACAGCUCGCCUCGUUGGCAGAACGCUGAAUAUACAUCACACUGCGGGGUUCGGGACGAAUUAAUAUGAGAUUAUACGAUAGGCGAAUUAUUCUACAGGAUCGAUUGACCCUCUUAGUUUAAGAAAGACGAGUUACUUAAGGCACUGUUCUAAGUUGCCAGAGUUUGAAUGUGACUGAUUUUGUACAGUCAUCGUCCAUAGACUUUGACAGUAGUCUGUUGGAUCUACUAAGAUAUACUCAAGUUCUGGUCAUAAGUAGCUUAAAUUGUUGUUAGAUUGUUGUGGGAGGAAAGUCGUAUACUUUUUAAAAGUGGACUUUGACGAGAUGGAAGAGCGACUACUCUAGGCUCGAGAGUAAGUUGAGUUGAAUUAAAUUUUGUAACGAAAUGUCGAGUAAUGCUUAGUGUUUAAACGUGUCGUGUGAUAUUUAUGAGAGUUUAUUAAUUUAUAAAUAGCAAAUGGUAUUAUUCAGACUUUAUAAGAGUGGUUCCGAACCCUGAAGCUACUAUUUUAGAACAUUUUCCGCGUAGAAUUUCAGCCAGAUGAGGUAAAGAAAGAUAAGUUAUUAAUCUGUACAAAGUCAAUUAUCAGCCCCUCAGAUUUUAAGACAUGUAAUCAUAUUUUUGUACAUAUUGUAAGUUAUAAUAACUGUGAAUAAUGCAUAUAAUAGUACUAAUUUAUAUAUUUCAUUUAAAAUGAUUAACUCGUGUUGACAAUUUUUAAUUAGAUAGAGAUUGUUAAUACAUCCCAUAUUGUACAGGACAAAUGGCUUGAAUGCAUUUCUUUGUUAUGUUGAAAUAUAUUUUUUGUUCUUUUUAUAAAAAAUAGUUCAAAGCUGCUUUUCAUUAUAGGAUUAAUUUUCUACGAAUUUUCAAAAAACACAAUAAGGAAAACUUCUUCAAUUUUUAGGUUAUGUUCUAUACAGUUCUAUUAUGUCCCCGUUCCUGAAUUAUGACAUCUCCGGUUCUAUAAGUUCUAUAAAUAUGCUUUUGCAAUUAGUUUUAAAAUCUAGCUCCAAAGGUUUAUAAGUGCAUCCAUUAAGUGUAAUAUUAACAUUUUAGCUUAUUCAGUGUAGGAAAAGUUUAAAAACCUAUUAUAUUUGUUAAGAAUAUUUCAUUUUAUAAAUAUAUUUAUAAAAUUAAUAUUUUUGUAAUUUGCAAACAAAGCCUUUGGUUUUUAUACACAAUGUAUUGAAAUACCGUCUGAUCGAAAAAAGAACGGCGUCCAGUUGGUUUAGGUUGGAAAUGACGAUCGAUGACAUUUUGACAGCGAUCUUCAUUUCAUAGCCAUCAUUGACGCCGUUUUUUUUCGAUCUAUUGUACAUUUUGUCUUAUUUGUUCUUUAAACCAUAGAGAAUAUUUAAACCAAUUUCGGUAUAUCGUUCCUUCUUAUUAAUUGCUACAUGAGAUGACAGUAUUGAUCACAUAAGUCAAACUCAAAAUAGAAUCCUGUGAGAAGUAAAAGUUAAAGACUGUUUUAAAUAAAGUGAUUAAACUCUGUCCAACAAGCCACAGAAGAGUUCGACAUACUACAGCCAAAAAAUAUAUACAAAUUAUUUGUGAAUUGACAGGCAACAUCUGCCAUUGUAAUGUAUCCUCUCAUUGGAAAGACUCAUUGUUGUCGUUUGAUCAUUUGACUGUUUUUGUUACAGAAAAAAAUAUAUUACAGAUUUGUUUGAUAAGAAUUAACUAAUGAUGUAUAAAGUAAGUAACUAAAACGAACGAAAAUACUAUUAGGUCUGUAUACGAUCAUAGGUCAAUUUAUUGGCCAAAUGAUAAUAUAUAAUUACAAUAUAAAAUUAAUUAAAAGAAAAAAUAAUUUUUUAAAUAUUUUUUAUUUUUUAUAUAGAUAGUUAAUUUUUCUCAGACUAUUUUUUUGUUAAAUGCACUGAUAUAUUCGAAUGGUCCAUUGUAGAGGCGUGAUUUGGAUGGGAAAAUCACAUUAUAACAUGGGGGGGGGGGAAUAACAUGGUUAAACAUGGAAUUCCAGGAAUAUACAGGGUGGCGCACCUCAUUCGCCUCGGUUGAUUAUACGAAAACGGAAAGAUGUAGAAACAACAUUUUUUUAGGGGUAUAUGUAGAGAGGCAAUAUGCAUA